AUGGCGACGGUAAGUGUGCAACAUGGAAAAUUAGAAGGAGGCAAAACCAAGAAUGACAACGGAUUUGAGUACUACGAGUUCUUAGGAGUGCCGUAUGCAAAACCGCCCCUGGGAGAGUUGAGAUUUAAGAGUCCCCAACCACCAGAACCAUGGGAGGGCGUGAGAGACGCGAAGGUGAUAAACAAAGACAACAUUUCAUUGCAAGUGGAUAUAAUGACAGGUCAAUCCGCCGGCAGCGAAGACUGUCUCUACCUGAACGUUUACACACCGAAGCUUCCAGAUGGAAAAUCCGAACUGUUACCGGUCAUGGUGUUUAUCCACGGCGGCGGAUUCGUUUUUGGUAAUGGUAUCUUAGAGGGCGAAACGGGACCAGACUUUCUUAUUGAACACAACACAGUUGUGGUCACAUUGAACUACAGGCUCUCCGUGUUCGGAUUCCUGGCGCUGGAUAUUCCAGAAGCAACAGGCAACAUGGGCUUGAAGGACCAGGCUAAAGCUCUCGAAUGGGUCCAAGAUAACAUAAGCGCUUUUGGCGGCGACAAGAGCAACGUGACCAUUUUCGGUAUUAGCGCUGGGGCCGCGUCAGUUGAAUACCACAUUGUAUCUGAGAAGUCCAAGGGACUCUUCCACAAAGCCAUUCUGCAAUCAGGCUCCUGCCUUAACCACUGGGCUGUAAACUACGAACCCAAGAAAUUAGCAUAUCAGCUCGCUGCGGAAGCGGGUUAUAACGGUUCACCGGAUGACGUUGCUGUAUAUAAUAUUCUAUUAAACGCGCCGAGCAAGGCCUUAGCUGCGUCCGCUAUGAAGGUUGCUGAAGCCUUCACAAAUGACAGACUUUUCUUCGGUUUCGUGCCAACUGUCGAAAAGGAUUUCGGUAAUGGCGAUGCAUUUCUCACCGAAAAACCAUACCGCUUGUUGAAACAGGGACGUUUUAACCGCGUGCCAGUUAUCAAAGGAUUUUGCAAUAAGGAAGGUUAUUUGGUAAACAUGAUGAAGCCCAAAGCAGUACUAGACGUAUUGGAUAAGAGGAACUUCACCGCUCAUUGGUCGUUUGCGAUCGACGAAAGCGAUCAAAGCGAAUACAAUGCGAAACUCAAUCGUACUUAUUCGGAAAAUUUACAGCCUGACGAUGAUCACGAUAAACUUGCCGUGGACUUUUUCGGCGACCUUGACUUUGUUUCGGGUGUCUGGAUUAGCGGGAAGCUGAUGGCCCGCCAUGGUGUUCCGGUGCGAACUUACGAGUUCUCUUACGAUGGAAAAAUUAAUUUCUUCAAACUGAUUUGCGAUAUUAUGCGAAGUGGAGCUGCCCACGGCGACGAUCACACUUACGUUUUGUGCCACAAAAUAGCAAGGAAGGCCUACGACCAUGAUUUGGUUGUAAGAAACACCAUAAGCAAAAUGUGGACCAAUUUUGCUAAAGUUGGUUCCCCAACACCCGAAGGCAGUUUGGAAACUUUGCAAGAGUGGCCCCAGUUUACGGAAGAAAGUUCUAUAUAUCUUAACUUUGAUAAAAAUAUUACAUUAAAAAAUAAUUACGAACCCAAUAAAAUGGCAGUGUUUGAAGACAUAUACGAAAAAUAUGAAAAG